AUGCAAACCCCUUUUGAAAGCCGACUUGCUGAAGGAUACGAUCGCGCGUUGAAUCUUGGUGAGCUUUUAUUUCUUGAAAGCACUGUAGUAAAAAUAAAGGAAAACGACGUAGAGUUUGAAGUAAGAUUCGCCCCAAGUUUGUACAAGAAGCCCCUCGGAAAUCUUGUCACGGCCGAGAAUUCCAACGUGAGGUCAAAAGUUGACCCCUUCACAUUCUAUAAUCCUGCCUUAUUAGUGGAAGAAUAUGGUAAUAGCUACAUUGUUCUUAUGAACAAAUUUGUCAUUGUACCUCACCAUAUUCUAGUGGUCACCAAAGAAUUUGAGAAACAAACUGAUCCGCUGUUCCCGCGCGAUCUUGCUGCUGUUUGGCAUUAUUUGGUACAAUUUGAAAGUCGAAAGCCACUCGCGUUUUACAAUUGUGGCAAUAAUUCAGGUGCAAGCCAACCACAUAAACAUAUCCAGAUUCUUCCAUUACCGAAUGAUCCGCCAAUUGAUGCAUAUUUUAAUGACGUAGACAGAAAGUCUGACGAGAUCUUUGACUUUCCGCAAUUUUCCUAUAUACAUCACGUGAUAAUUCUUAAUCAAGAAAAAAUAAUUGGAUCAUCAGAAGAAACGAUAGGAGAAUACCUUUCAGAAACAUACCAUUCCUUAUAUGACGCAAUGAUUGAAAGUCUACGAACUCGCAGCGAUAAUAAUGCCUCUGCAAACUUAGUUUUUCCUAUCUCUUACAAUUUUUUGAUGACCACUUCAUGGAUGAUUAUAGUGCCAAGAACAUGUGAGAAAUUCAGACAAGUGUCGGUAAAUUCUUUGGGAUUCGGUGGGAUGAUGCUGGUGAAAAGCGAAGAGGAAUUAGAACUCGUGAAAAGUGUUGGGGUGAUCAGGAUUUUGGAUGCUGUAACUGUGCCUAAAGAAUCUGGGGGACUAGACAGAGAUCAUGCAUAA